CCCGCCAGUCCGCGCUGUUUGGUGCAAACGCGCCGCACGCGUACAGAUAAAAAAUAAAAAAAAUAAACUAAAAAUUAAUAUCGCCAAGUGGAAGCAUACCGAAACCGAUCGUGCAGUGAAACAAGUGAACAAAGAUGCGGUCCGCGUUGCUUUGCGUUCUUUUUACGCUAAUUAUACACAAAGGGAGCCGGGUUCGAGGUGACGACUUCAGGCCGACCCCGAUACCCCUCGACGAAUGGCACCCGACCAACCAGGACAACCAAGCGGGCACAUUGCACGAAAUUAUCGGAACGGACUCACCGGUCUCCGUAGCCGCCGUUCCUGCUCACUACUGGGAAGAUGCUUUGAGGCACAGCGUUUAUCUUACCUUAGUGAGAGACAAGAUUGAUCAACUUAUUGCAAAAGGUGACGUCAUAUCACCCAACAGCAAAAUUAAUCAACCAGUUUCGAAGGAAAUCGAUGACCACGACCUCUGGGAGAAAAUUAAAAAAGCUCCGUUCGACCGCAUACAAUCUGAAGAACCCAAUUCUUCGGGAGACGUCACUAUUAUGGCCAAAGGACGGCUAUUAGAAAGUAAAGAGGGUUUCAGAUUCACCGAAGACGAUCGAUCAGAAGAAAAAUGUGGCAACGAAAAGUGCGCGGAUGGUGUGAAAGCAUUUUGGUCAGUGAAACGAGUGCGCCAAAGGGAUCAAGAAAUAUCUCCAGGAAAAUAUCACUAUGAAUUGACUUUUUCAGUUAUUUCUCAGAUCCCAAAAAAGCAACGAAAGCCCUACGAAAAUCCCAUCCGAACAUUUACCGUCCGCGAGACUACUCCUGACAGAAUAACGGAUUAUCCGCAAGAAUAUAAAAGAACGGAACCCGUGCACUAUACGACAUCGAGACCUCAGAGGGCUAUUUGGUUUCAUAAAAAUAUAGUUCCAAUUCCACCGCACACGAGACGACAGUAUUCAAGCGGUUUGGAUAGAAUAUUUUCUUCAAUAUUUUCCGAUGACGAUGCUUCAUCAUAUGACCAACCACAACCGAAAUAUAGAAACAACCCAACGCCCCCGCAAAUUUAUCAAUACUCAAAAAUUGGACAUGCAGGACCUGCAAUAGACUAUCAUCAACAGCCGAGAGGAAAUUCAAAACCCUAUCCAUAUAGAAACCAGCCUUAUAAAUAUGCACGCCCACCGCUUCAGGCUCCACCCGCAGGACCGCUCAAUCAUCAUUACUUAGAUUAUGACUCAAGCCCUAUUGUGAAUGGCAGUCCAUAUCCAUCUCAAGACACCAGAGUUUCACCGAGUCAACCCGUUAAAUCAACGAGACCAGCAGUUUUACCCACGCCGGUCCCAAUAGCUCCAGGUCCCAAAGACCAAACUUUUGACUUGGAAAGUCCUAUGUAUAUAGACAGUUCAGAUAUUAAAGAGAAUGUAACACGAUAUUCCGAAAUGAAUAAUUCACACAGACCCAUGUAUAAGCCGAAGCCUACGCCUCCUAAAGUUAACUAUUUUCCCGAUCAUAUAAGACCACCAGUGUAUAAUGCGCCUCCUGGAGUAUUUGUAACAAUGGACAAAAAGCCUUUUAAGCCCAUGCCGCCUUUGAAACAUGUUUACAAUUCUAAACCCCAAAAAACAAUUAAACCGAUCGAUUUCAGACCAAGUCCGCAAGUUCACGACCCCCAGUCUCCAAAUCCCGACCCAUUAUUUGACACUGCAUUUAGACCAAUAACCGUGAACUACGCUGACAGCAGCACGACUGAAAGAAUAGAACACAAUGUCAACGUGAAAAAGGGUCAAAAUAAAAACCGAAAGAAUAACGUGAACAGUAAAAAACCGAAUAAGAAACAUCAACACGAAAAUAUCAAGUCGCACAGGAUAACCACUGCAACUCCUGAUAUAAUAACAGCUCAAAACUUAGAAGAAGAAAUAGAUACGCUAGACUGGGCAAAUGUUCUUGGUGCGUUCACUAAAACAACACCAAUGGUUCUGCAAACAGAAAAAUCAAACGAUCAAGAAACCACAACCAGUUUCACAACAACUGGCAGCGCUGUCACAUCACCAACGUCGAAAGGAACAACAACAACAACUAUGGAAGCAACAUCCAAAUCGACUUCGACUACAACCAUAACAACUCCAAAGCCCCCGAAACGCACUCGCCCACCACCGAAAUUUACUAAACAGGACAAAAUAAAGAAACACAAACGAAUCAUACCUACAUCGUCAACUACUUUCGCACCAGAAAAAUCAACGGUACGAAGAUCGACAACGGAAUCAACACCUGUGAUUAGUUCAACAAUAAAAAACAUAAAAAAGGCGUUCUCGUGGGAAGUUAAGAAUAAAACGCUCUCAACUUCAACCACAACCACAACGACGACUACAACAGCCCGACCUACAACAACAACAAAACCAGUUAGUACUACGGCGACCUCUACAACAACCACAACAACAACAAACGCUCCUAAAGAGCCAUCGACCACCGGAAAACCAGAAUUCGAGACAAGCUCUCCAAAAAGGAACCGUUUCAGACAAUCUACUUUAAUAUAUAAAGGAACUUCAGUCAAACAUGACAGAUGGGCGUUUAAAAAUUAUAGUACCAACACACAACAAGCACAAAACUUCAGAAGAACGUCCAACUUCCAAGGAUACAGUCACUCCACGACACCAACAACCACACAUAGAACAACAGAAAUGACUAAAAGUAGCACUGUUAGUACCGACAGUCCUAUCACAGAGAGUAUCCUUCAGUCUCAGGUUGCCGAUAGCUUAGAAAGUAACAGUGUAUUGCCAUUAGACAAUGAAAAUAACGAAAACAGCCAAGAAGAAUCACGAGAUCACUCCGAGUACAUUUUUGAACACUCAUCUGCAGCAAAUUAUAACAACAACGAAGUGAUAGGUUUGGAAUUAACAACUAUUGAUAGUGUUUCUCAACAAAAUGAAAUACCGAAAAAUAAAACUAAGUGUCAAAAGAAAAAACAAAAUAUAUCCACUACCGAAGUGCCCGCUGAGAAUUUUAGUGAACAAAUAACAACGCCUUUAACAGCGACAGAAGCAUCGGCCACUGAAGACAUAUUUGAGCAGUUAUUUGGCUUCAAUUUUAACUCAGGCACAAGUUCAAAGGAUAAAGAAAUAUUGGAAGGGCAAAGUUCAAAUCAUGCAAACUUUGUAAAACCGGUUGUUGACGAUGAUGAUGACGAUCUCACUGACUUUAUGGACGAACUAAACAAAAAAGGCCAGCAUUUAAAUGAUCACUCAAAAGACGAUGAAUACGAAGAUGAUGAUGAUGAUGACGACGACGAGGACGAUGAUGAUGACGAUGACGAUUCUAGUAAUGAAGACGAUGAUGACAAUGAUGACUCAAAACCAAAAAAAGACCACAAUUCCGAGUCAAGCAGGGAUUCACGUUACGAAAGUUUCAAUUUAGAUCGUCCCUACAGUUUUCUAGAGUUAAUGGCCAUGGAGUAGACUGAAGUUGAGUGUACCGUAAGCUAAGUCAAUAUAAAACCACUAAAUGCAGGAGGAGCCAAAACUUCAACAUUACAAACAAUUAAAAAGCAUUUAAAUACCAUGUUUGUUAACAUCACACUGAAAAAUCUCUUUUAUUUAUUGUUAAUUGUAAAUAUUUAAUGCUGGUUAAGUGUAG